AUGUUUUAUGUUGUAAUUUGUUUUUUUGUUUUUUUUAUUUUUUGUUUUUUUAAAAAUACCACCAAACACCACUAUCCAGAUGGAACUAUAAAGCACGACGAAGACUUUUUCUUCGACGACGCAUUUUAUGAGGAUUUCCAUAAAAAAAAUAACCCACCACAAAAAAAUCCACAAUCACUAUCACCCCCACCCCAACAACCACAACCAACAACCAACAAUAACAACCACAACAAAAUCCAAGACCAACAAUCACAAUCACAAUCACCCCCACCCCAACAACCACAACCACAACCACAAUCACAAUCACAAUCACAACCAAAACCAAAACCAAAAAUCACCCCUGAUUAUAAAAAACUUCUUCAAAGUAUUCGUGAUUACGAAAUAAAAGAAGAAGAACAACAACAAGAAUCACAACAAAAAUCACAACCACAACAAACAACAAACAACAAACACCAUAUUGAUCAUCAGGGUCAGUAUUUUGAACCAAUGGUUACAACUCCACCUCCAAUCUCAAAUCCAACUAUAGCCACUACAUCAACAGCUGCCACAGCCCCAGUUAUUUCAACAGCUGCAACUUGUAUUAACUCAGGGGCAGUCAAAAAUCCACAACCAUCACCACCAGAGGAUGAAGCCAUAAGACGUCUAAAUGAACGUUUGGAGCUCUACCAAUUAGAGAAUAGUAGAGUAAUUCCAGGAGAUGGCAAUUGUCAGAUGUACGCAUUAUCUGACCAACUCUAUGGGGACUUGAAACAUAGUUUCGAAAUAAGAAGAGCUAUUGCCACAUGGCUCAUAAAAAACAAAAAUCUCACCCUUAAAAAUGGUGCAAAAAUAUCCCAAUUUGCAAAUACUACAAAUUGGAAUAAGUAUUGCAACCAAAUGGCAAGAAGAGGUACUUGGGGUGACCACUUAACAUUAAUUGCUGCUGCUGAAGUUUAUAAAUCUAAGAUUACAAUUAUUUCAUCAAUUGAAUCUAAUAGCAGCUUUUUCAUUGAAAUUGUUCCAAGUUCAAUUGAAAAUGAUAGAGCAAUUAUUUUAUCUCAUCAUGCCGAAGAACACUAUGGUUCAAUUUCACUAUUGUCAUAUUAUGCAUUGACAUCGGUCUAUAAAUUUCGUAAAUCAAAUGUGGUUGGUUCAAGUAGUGGUUCAAGUAGUGAUUUAGGUGGUAAAGCAAAUGCCGUUUCAAGUGGUGUUAUAUCUAUUAGUAAUUCAUGUGGUACUUCAAAUGUAAAAUACAUUGAAUUGUAG